CAAGAGAAAAUGGAUGUACGAAACAAGAGAAAAGAUGGAUGAACGAAAUAAAAUAGUGCAUUUUUCAUUCUAAAGAAUACGUUUUAUCUCGAUUUUUUUGAAUACACUUGAAUUUUUAGACCCAUUUCUAAUUCAAUUCAAGUUUUAAACGGUUUGAAAAAGCCAUGGAUUCUCCGUCAAACUCGAUAGAUUCCUCAUUAAAACCCUUUAAAAUAUUAAUCGGGUACAGACAGUCCGCCUACCCUUCAGGCUCCAGCUGAUCCAACAACUCUGAGAGUGGGAGGGACCUUUAAAAUCUAGGGAGAGAGGGAGUCAGAGAGAGAGAGGCCAAAAAUUUGGAAGGAUGGCAGAAGAGAAGCAAGUCCAAGUUCCAAGAGUUAAACUGGGAAGCCAAGGACUUGAGGUCUCAAAAUUGGGGUUCGGAUGCAUGGGCCUUUCCGGGGGUUACAACUCUCCUGUCGCUGAUGAGGAUGGUAUUGCUAUAAUAAAACAUGCCUUCAGCAAAGGAAUCACUUUCUUUGACACAGCUGAUGUGUACGGACCUCAUACAAACGAAGUUCUUGUUGGGAAGGCCUUGAAGCAGUUGCCAAGGGAAAAAGUUCAGUUGGCAUCAAAGUUUGGUCUUGUUGGACAAAAGAAUCCUCCUAUUAUUUCAGCGAAGGGAACUCCUGAGUAUGUCCGCUCAUCCUGCGAGUCUAGCUUGAAACGUCUUGACGUGGACUACAUUGAUCUGUAUUAUUACCACCGGGUGGACACUUCGGUGCCUAUAGAGGAAACUAUGGGUGAGCUGAAGAAACUGGUGGAAGAAGGAAAAAUAAAGUAUAUUGGGUUAUCUGAAGCCAGCCCGGACACAGUAAGGAGGGCGCAUGCAGUUCAUCCGAUCACGGCUCUGCAAAUGGAGUGGUCCCUCUGGACUCGUGAUAUUGAGGAAGAGAUUGUUCCUCUUUGCAGGGAGCUUGGCAUCGGAAUAGUUCCAUAUAGUCCGCUUGGUCGUGGUUUUUUCGGUGGCAAAGCAGUUGUUGAAAGUUUGCCUGCAAAUAGUUUUGCGGCCUCACAGCCGCGGUUCACAGGAGAGAACUUAGACAAGAACAAGAACAUUUACCAUCGAAUAGAAAGCAUUGCUAAGAAGCACCAGUGCUCUACUCCUCAACUAGCACUAGCGUGUGUUCUCCACCAAGGAAUUGAUGUCGUACCUAUCCCAGGGACAACAAAGAUUAAGAACCUGGAUACAAACAUUGGUUCCUUGGGGGUGAAGCUGACGGAAGAAGACGUGAAAGAGGUUUCUGAUGCUGUACCAAUCGACCAAGUAGCCGGGGAGAGAACUCUCGGAAUCUUCAUGGCGUUGCAGUGGAAGUUCGCCAACACUCCUCCUCCAAAAGAUUCCAAGAUCUGAGCUUCUAAGACAUGAACGUUUUUCCAUCUGAGUGUUGGAUUUUAAUGAUGUUAAGCAAAUUAAACUUGUUUCUUGUACUCUAUGGGAUGGUUACUGGUACUAUUCUAUCUAAAAAUAAUACCCAUUUCUGCUAA